CCCAGGACCCAAAAUAUAAAUUCAUCCCCAACCCUCCUUUCCAUCUUCUUCGCAUAUCUCUUGCGCAUAUCUCACUCCACCUCCAAGCCGAUCAUCACCAUCCUCAGCCCGAUCAGAAACAGAACCAUCGACAUACAUCCCCACAGCUCGUCAACCUUAACCGGUAGGCGUUUUCAAACAUACCGGUAUCAUCGGCACUUUAUACGCUUUCCGGCCGCAUCUUCCGAUUAUUAUUUUGAAGAAUCUUAGCCGCAAUCAUCAACUAAUCUCGAGAGGAAAGUAUUUUUUUUCGCGUAAAUUGUGAAGUGCUUUAAUUAAUUUCUCUGAAAUAAAUGCAUGCAAAUUACAAAUUGAUUACUAUGUCAUCAUUAGUAUAAAAUGCACAAAAAUUUGUAGAUCUCGUUUUAAUUCAGUCUAACUUGAAUAAAAAUCCUUAUUUUUUCAAUCCGGACCAUAAAUCCACACUUUAAGUUGAUACAAAUAUGCAUUUUCAAUGAAACCUAUUUUAGUUUGUUUAUUAUUUCGGAAUAGUAGCUGCAUGUUUAAAAUUAACCCAAUCGGAUAUUAAAAUUAUUUCUUUUCUUAUUUACAAAUCUAUAUAUACUUUGAAAACGUGAUUUUGUUAUUAACCGAUGAUAACCUUAUGUUGUCAACUUAAGCUAUACACAUUAAUCAACAUAUUCUAUUAAAUCGAUUUCAAGUAUUUUUUAUUUUUAAAGUAUAAAGUAUAAACUCAUGAGUUCAAAUAAACAAUUUUCUGGGAUUGCUAAACUCUGGCUAUUCUGCCUGUUUUUCUCUUAUAACAUAGUUUCCCGAAAAUGAAAACAAUGAGUUCCCGAGCAUAACUAAAAUCUGUCAAAUCUAAACAUGUUGUAUAACUUCCAAUCUUAUAAAUUAAUCUCCUGAAAUGAAACCAAGGAAUUGUUGGUCUGGAAAUCAGUAACAAUAAGAAUCUAAAAGAGAAUCAUAAAUCAUGAAUGAUCAGUACAUAUUUCAGUUAGUGUAUGAGCAACUUUUUUUCAAGUAAUCAAGUUGCAACCAUUAAAUAAAAUCAAGUGCAAUACAAUGAUUGUAUAAUGUAUGAUUGUUCGCAAAAAUAUAGAUGGAUUAUUAUUAUAUACUAGAACUAUUGAUUGAAAAUUACAUGAACUUUGAACUGCAGGUCUGCAACUGAAGUAAUUGAAAUUUUAGACACAACAUACCUUAUGCUAAGAAUAAUGUAUAGCUACAUAUUACAUAAACUUGAUAGAAAAAUAAAAUAAAAUAAAAAUUACCAUGAAAAUGGAUAGAUAGGUUGCAGACUUCUCAAUGAUAGAGCAACUUCUGAGUCGGAAGCAUAGCCAUAGGAAGCAUCCAUCAUUUAUAGUAAAACCACUGCAGAUAAGCGAAUAAAUUACAAUGACUUUAGUUAGUUAAACAGUAAUUGACCAUAAUGGACCGACACUAUAGUUAUUUAAACAAAACUAGGCAAUUUUGAUCUACACUUUUGACCAAAACCACGGUAUUAACCGUUUGAUCAUAUUAAUUGUUUAGGACAAUAUAAUUUUAAAUUCUAUUAUGCAUCUAAGCUUUGACCUAAUUCUUGACAACCACAGAAAAGAGCUCCCACACCAACAGGAGCUUAGACAGGUUCUAUUCAGAUGGUGGCUGAAAUCUAAUCCUCAGACUUUGGAGGGAAGUCUCAGACAGAUAAUGCCCAGAGUUAUUCUCUGGCACAUUUGGAAGGGUCUCAAUGAAUCUCUUUGGGAUAAUUGAGCUUUUGAGGCUUUGAUGACUCCCAAAUCUGUUUCCAAAUCAAAAAAUACAUACACAACUGGUGCUACAUUAAUCAUGGAGCAAAAUUUUCAGAGAGACAGACUUCUAUAAGGAUGGACUUAUACCAGCGAAAUUAAGAGCUCCUAAGUAUAAAAUCUUUAUCUGGAAGAACACUCAACCAUACCACUUGCGCUUGAACACUGACGCCGCAUGAGAUGAAGGUUUCUGUGCCGGUGGGGCAGUUCUUAUGUUCAACUUAUGAAGUUCCAAAGAUCAAUAAUAACAGUCAACAAGAAGUUGCUCUAUCAUUGAGAAGUCUGCAACCUAUCUAUCCAUUUUCAUGCAUAACUUCUUGAAGUGGACAACAUAAGUAUGAUGUGCAGCAACUUUGCUUAUAGAUUUCCUUACCAACUUGCAUCACUGACACAAAACCAGAUUUCAAGCGAUAGAGAGACUGGCUCCGUGCCAAUUCAGUUCUCGAUAUACCAUUCUCCAGGGAGGAAGGCUGUGAAGUAUGCUACAGUGUCAGCUGAAAGUUAACCAGUGCCCCCCCUGCUUACUUAUCCCUCAGUCGAAGUGAACGAUCUCUGACUAAAUUCAAUACUAGCGAGAAGAAUGUACUUCAGAAAAGGGGAAAGAAAGAACACCAUCUUUGGAAGAAAAGAGAUUCAACUGGGUCAGGGCAGAAGGCACUCAACCUUGUUAGGAUUAUUUCAGGACUUCCGAAUGAGAAGAAUGUUGUUUAUGGUGCACUGGAUAGGUGGGUAGCGUGGGAAACUGAGUUUCCAGUGAUUGCAGCAGCCAAGGCCUUAAGAAUACUUAGGAAGCGAAGACAGUGGACACAACUAAUUCAGGUGGCGAAGUGGAUGUUGGGCAAAGGUCAAGGAGCAACUAUGGGCACUUAUGGUUUGCUUUUACUGGCAUUUGAUAUGGACCACAGAGCAGACGAGGCAGUGAUGCUAUGGAAUAUGAUCCUUCACACACACACCCGCUCUAUCUCAAAGUGGCUUUUUUCUAGAAUCAUUUCUUUGUACGAUCACCAUAAUAUGCCAGAUAAAAUCAUAGAAGUUUUUGCAGACAUGGAAGAGUUAUCUGUAACUCCUGAUGAAGAUACUGUAAAAAGAAUUGCUAGAGCUUUUCAGACACUUGGGCUUCCAGGAAAGCAGGAGAUGGUUCUGAAAAGGUAUAGGAAGGAAUGGAAGUAUAUUCAUUUCAAGGGUGAACGUGUUAGGGUAAAACAAGACCCAUGAGAUGAAGAAAGCCUGCAACUCCUGACAUCAUCUUUCUUGAGUUUAAAGACUUCUGGAAUGGUCAGAUGUAGAUAAUGUUGAACUUGUAAUCUUUUUAGAAUGAGAAUCAGAGAGCUCUAAAAAAGCCUAACAGGAGUGAUUUUCUUAUACUCUCUCUCUGUCUGAGAACAAAAGUGCUCAUGCUUGAAUAAUGUACUAAUGUACAAGCAUCACAUUUUAGGUUUAUUCAACUAAAUUAAGGUACAAGCUAUUUCAAGUUAUGAAUGACAAGGAGGAAGCUUGAAGUGGGAUCUCCUCAAUAACUACCAGGAAUGCGGCCAGAAAGAAAGACAACCAAGGGUUCCUUACUGACUUCUCUUCCGGAGUCCAAAUGAAUUGUUUAAUUUGGAACGUUAGGGGUCUAGAAUCCCCUCCAGCUCUAGACUUAAUUCCCUAAUUAAACAAUGGAGAAUUAUGUUUUUUGUUGCUAUUGAGCCUAUAAUGGACAGGUCUAAAGCAAAUCACUAUACAGCUCAGAUUGGUCUUAAUGAAGUCAUUACUUCUGAAGUAAAUAAAAUUUGGAUCUUUUGGGAUCCUACAAAGUAUAUCUGAUAGGGAUAACGAUUCACG